ACGAAAUAAAGAGGAUCCUAAGAUACAUUUUAGGGUUUAUCAGAGGCGUCGCUAAUGGUCUACCAUUCGUCUUUCAAAGAUGAGAGCGGCGCCGGCCAGGCUUGCGGGUGCCCCCUUCUGCCACUCCGGACUCCAAUCAAGGGCCCCGCGCCUCUCGCUGAUCCUGGCCAAUUCGAUAUCAUCGACGAGGCCAUCAAUUUCUUCCGCGCAAACGUGCUCUUCCGCAAGUUUGAGGUGAAGAGCUCCGCGGACAAGCUCCUCAUCUAUCUCACCAUGUACAUCAACAUGGCGCUCAAGCGGAUCGAGACGUGUAAGUCGGAGGCCGAGGGGAUCAAGGUGAUUAUCAAUCUCGGGUUGGAGAAGUUCCCCAUUCCCGGAGAGCCGGAUUUUCCUCUGGGAGGACUCUUCACUACUCCUGGAUCACCGCAAGAAGCUGAUUUGUUUAGAAACUACUUAAAGCAGCUCAGAGAGGAAACUAGCGGCAGGCUUAUGGGCCGUGUGUAUCGACCCAAUGGAAGUCCCAAUAAAUGGUGGCUAGCAUUUGCAAAGAGGAGGUUUAUGAACAUCCUUCUUCCUUUCUAGAACAACUUGAAAGAUAUCUUCUAGGAAUUCUAUCUGUGAACCAUCAUCUCCCGGUAUGCUUUAGCUCGAUUUUAUGUCGGUUGCAAAAGUUUUUAAAACGUUUGCAACUUUAUAAUUACAGAAAAGAAGAGUUCUCUUGUUUGUGUGUGAA